AUGACAAACAAGGUCUGCAUCAUUACUGGUGCAGGAUCCAUCUAUGGCAUCGGUCGAGCAACCGCUAUUUCUAUUGCCAAGCGUGAACCAAAAGCAAUUUAUGUGACCGACCUGACGCUUGAAAAUCUCGAAGAUCUUUCAAAGGAGAUCCAUGAGAAAUAUCCUGGGGUCCAGUGUAUUGCACGUGCAGUUGAUGCCGCGUCUUCCUCUGCUGUGGAGGGUAUUGUCAACGAAGCCCUGACGACCUUUGGAAGAUUGGAUGUCUUUGUAGCCAAUGCCGGAAAGGCCACGAUGUCUCGUAUUAGCCAAGAGACUGCCGAGUCGUUCACUGACAUGAUGCGUAUCAACUCUUUGAGCGUCUUUUUGGCCAUCAAGUUUGCCGGUGAAGCCAUGAAGGCGGUCGGAAAGGGUGGAAAGGAACGUAGUGGUGGUUCUAUUGUAGCAACCUCAUCUGUUGCUGGUAUUAGAUCCGGUGCUGGCUCUCCAGAAUACUCUGCUUCAAAGGCAGCUGUUGCAAGCCUUUGUCAAACAGGAUCAUGUCAAUAUGCUGGAUUUGAUAUCCGCGUAAACGCCAUUUGCCCAGGUUUGAUUGAGACCAACAUGACAAAGCUUGUUUUUGACAACGCUCGUUCCAGAGGAACUACCCACAAGAUUGGUCAAUUGAACCCCUUGGGUCGCUCUGGUGUUUCUUCAGAGGUUGGUAAUGUUAUUGCCUUUUUGGCAAGUGAUGAGGCUUCAUACGUAAACGGCCAAGUUUUUGCUGUUGACGGUGGUUUGAGUGCAAGCCAUCCCGUUGCUCCUGGCAAAUUCUUCUAG